AUGAAGUUUCUAGUAAUUCUAGGAUUACUAGUAUUGACUUAUAGCUUUAUUAAAGAGAAAGAGGUUUAUGAUCUAAUGGGGCCAAGCAUUGAUGAUUUUCAAGCGAAAUUCAGAAAUGAGACCAGAGUAUUAGCAUUUUAUUCCCCAGUCAAUAAGAAAAUCAAAGAAUUUUUAACUCACUAUUCAGAAGCUGCGAAGAAAUUUAUGAACGAUAAAACUCCGGUCAGGCUAGGAAAAAUUGAUAUUACAAAUCCAAGCAACAAAGAGUAUGUGAAAAAAUAUAUAGAAUUAUAGAUGAUAAAUAAUUUUUUAAUAAUAAUAUAAAUAAUUGUUAAAUUACUAAACUUAUAUAUAAUAUUCAAAGCACCCCUUCUAUAAUUUACUUUUUAGAAGAUAGUGAUGAGUUGAGAGUCUAUAAGGAUGGCAAGACUUAUGAUGAUUAUAUUGAAGUUUUCACUAGUAAAACCCAAUACAAAAGAAUAGAUUUAUAA